UGACUGCACCACCAAAAUUAGUUAUUAGGAAACAGAAAUCUCCACAACGAAAUUUGCCUUAUUUAUGGCACUGUCAGAGUACACAAAAGUCACUCAGCCACUCAUCAUGGAAUGACAGCAGGUAAACUUACUCCACCACAACCAGUCUCACCGCAAGAAACUCAACCACCGAUUGUUUGAACAGGGUGCUCUGCAGUCGCUGACCGAUUUGGCAUUAGUACUAGAUCGACGCUCUGCGGCCCUAAAGAAUCAGAGAUGUCCGACAAUGGUGCCUCAGCGAUCAACCUUCUGUCUUAUGAGACACUGGUACACGCCGUGGCAGGUGCAGUGGGUAGCAUGACGGCGAUGUCCGUCUUCUUUCCUUUGGAUACAGCGAGGAUCAGACUUCAGGUGGAUGAGAAUCGGAAGUCCAAAUCGACUGCCAUUCUCCUGGCUGAAAUAGCAAAGGAGGAAGGCCUGUUGUCUCUGUACAGAGGCUGGUUCCCAGUCAUCUCCAGUCUGUGCUGCUCCAACUUUGUCUACUUCUACACCUUCAACACACUGAAGAAAGUCAUGGUGGGUAAUCAGGGCCGGUCCAGCCCGGGAAAAGACCUCCUCAUGGGCUUCAUCUCAGGGGCAGUGAACGUGCUCCUGACCACGCCCAUGUGGGUGGUCAACACCCGGCUCAAGCUGCAGGGGGCAAAGUUCAGGAACGAAGACCUCCAGCAGACCCACUACAGAGGCAUCUUUGAUGCUUUCUCGCAGAUCAUAGCCAGCGAGGGAGUGGGGACUCUUUGGAAUGGUACACUGCCUUCUCUGGUGCUGGUCUUCAACCCUGCAGUUGUGUUCAUGUUCUAUGAAGCCAUGAAGAGGAAAGCAGGCCGAGGAGGGAGGAAGAUUACAUCAGCAGAGAUCUUUCUCAUUGGAGCUGUGGCCAAGGCCAUCGCUACCACGGCGACGUAUCCCCUGCAGACCGUCCAGGCCAUUCUAAGGUUUGGGCAGCACAAAGCUGAGGGCAAGGGAGGUCUACUGGGCAGUCUCCGAAACAUGGUCUACCUACUUAUGGACAGAAUCAAGAGGCAUGGUGUGCUGGGCUUAUACAAAGGCCUGGAGGCCAAACUGCUCCAGACGGUACUAACGGCAGCCCUCAUGUUCGUGGUGUACGAGAAGAUCACCGCAGCCACUUUCAAGGUCAUGGGCAUCAACAAGAAACUGAAGCACUGAGGGUUGAUCAAGCCCCUAGACCUCAACCUGCACUGGCUAUACAACGGUGGUCACCCCCCACUCUGGUCCUGGAGAGGAGCUCACAGGGUGUGCCGGGUUUUGUUCCUGCCCAGCAAUGAAACCCCUGGUUCAACGUUCAGAUUGACCUAUAGAUGUUACCACGUAUCUGGAACUUGAUUCAGGUGUGUUUAGCACUGGGUUAUGACAAAAGCCUACACACCUGUCUCCAAGAUGAGGGUUGGUGACCACUGGGCUACCGACUCCCCAUCCCAACUUCCCUUUCCUCAAUCCCAACAUACACCUCAACCAGAGAUGGUGUCUCCUCUCUUUUCCCCUUACACUCAGGGGUUUAUUCCACAUACAGUAUUCAUAUGUCUUCCCUACGCUGCCAAUAUGGGUGAAUCUCUCUGGAAACGGUUGUACAUGGUCUUAUAGGAGGUGCCAUAACUGUCUAGUCGCUAGUAUUAGCGGUGAAUGCGCUGUAUAAUACCGGUGGGCCAGCUCUAAUAGUAAUUUGGUAUUGUCUCGCGGGCCAAAUAUAAUUACCCCGCGGGCCAGAGUUUGACACCCAUGGUCUAGCGUAUGCAUUCUGUGGCAAUUGUAUUAUACCUGAAUGAAUGGCAUUACAUUUGAAGCUUGUUACUUGUUACAAAGCUUAUUACUUUGUAGUGCUGAUAACAACUAGCAGUUUUACUAGCCAACUCCUUUUGGCUUAGACGUUGUCUUGCCAAAUAGUUGUUUAGCAAGACGAUGCCAAACAACUAUUUGCUUAACAAGCUUGGACAAUGCCCAAGCUAGUGAAUAGCAAUAUUCUCAAGGAUGUUGAGGGCUUGAGUGAAGCAUCAAGGCAUUUGCAAACAUGACUGUAUUCUAUUUAAAAGUCUGUAUAUACUCUCCUUCAGCCCUGUGUUAAGACCACUGCAAACCCUUUCCGGAGAGUUGUUACUGCUCUUCAAAAGUAGGUGUUGAUUUCUCAGCUGGCUGUGACAGUUUGGUGCCUACAGUUGAAGUUGGAAGUUUACAUACACCUUAGCCAAAUAGAUUUAAACUCACAAUUCCUGACAUUUAAUCUUAGUAAAAAUUCC